CUUCAGAUUAAGAGCCUCUUCACUGCACCAAGGAGCCCCCUUGAAGAGGAGUUAGUAAUUACAAAUUACACUAAUUAGUGUCAUCCAGUUUUUAUACACACCAUGCACUUGGAUAAAUUUGUAUUGCACACAGCCAUGAAGAAAAUGUAUAGUAACAACUUUGUCUUCAUUGUUCCAGAACAACAUUCAACAGUGACAGCUGCAGUAAUAGAAUUUCUAUACUGUGGGGCUUAGAUGUGGCUAUCUGAUUGAAAGGAAAGGGCUCAUCAUUGCAUUGCAGUGAGUUCACUUGCAGUGUCAGUACCCAACAUAAUUUUAAGUUAAAGAAUACUCUCAAUAUAUAUAUAUAUUGUUAGUACUGUGUGCCGUAAAGACUCUUACCUGUGAGAACAGGAAACUUGCACUGCUUGGAUUCUAAUCCAGGAACAUUUAGUUUGGAGUCAUCUCUUCUGACCAGAGUAAUCUAGAUACAGAAGAUAAAUGUAUGUUUAUGUUUAAAGUUGUUUACAUAGAAGAUGUGAAAAAUUUUUAAGCAAAUAAAGAAACAAAUGAAUUUUGGAAUACAUUUGAACUUCACACAUGGAAAUUGUCAUUUUUUUGCACAAUGUCUUAAUUUACAAAUGAUAUGUCUAACAGGCAGUAUGAGAAAAUAUUUAUAAAAAAAAAGCUUAUUAGAGUUCUCAGUGCUAGAAGAACUUGCUACAGUUCAGGAGAGAAACCAGAUCAAUACUGUGAGUGUUAACAAAAAUAUUUUUCACGCUCUACUCUACUAAAAUAUAUGAUGCGUCAUUCAGGAGAGAAACCACAUCAGUGUUCUGAGUGUCUGAAGAUCUUUAAGCAAAAAAUUAAAUUAGUAGAACACAUGAGGGGCCAUUCAGGUGAGAGACCAUUUCAAUGUUCCGAGUGUCAGAAGAACUUUUCACGGCGAUUUGCUUUAGUACAGCACAUGAGGAGUCAUUCAGGAGACAGACCACAUCAUUGUUCUGAGUGUCUAAAGAACUUUAAGCAAAAAAAUGAAUUAGCAAUACACAUGAGGAGCCAUACUGGAAAGAAACCAUAUCAAUGCUCUGAGUGUUUGAAGAAAUUUGCACAGCAAUGUAAUUUAGUAACACACAUGAGGGUCCAUACAGGAGAGAAACCAUAUCAAUGUUCUGAAUGCCUAAAAAACUUUUCACAGCAAUGUACUUUAGUAACACACAUGAGGAGUCAUACUGGAGAGAAACCAUAUCAGUGUUCUGAGUGUCCGAAGAGAUUCUCACAGAAACGCCAUUUAGUAACACACAUGAGGGAUCAUACAGGAGAGAAACCAUAUAAAUGUUCUGAGUGUCUAAAGGACUUUAAACAAAGAUAUAGCUUAGUACAACACAUGAGGGUCCAUACAGGAGAGAAACCAUAUCAAUGUUCUGAAUGUCUAAAGAACUUUUCACAGCAGUAUAAUUUAGUAAAACAUAUGAGGGUCCAUACAGGGGAGAAACCGUAUCAGUGUUCUGAGUGUCUAAAAAACUUUUCACAAAGAUCUGGCUUAGUAGAUCACAUGAGGGUUCAUUCAGGAGAGAAACCAUAUCAGUGUUCUGAAUGUCUAAAGAAUUUUUCACAAAGCUCCACUUUAGUAAGACACAUGAAGGUCCAUACUUGAAGGAUGCUAAAAAAUGUUUUGAAUGUUAAAUGAACGUAAAACAUAAAUCUAAAUUAAUAUCUAGAUAUAUUUCAGUCACUGAACGAUCCAGAAAAGGAAUCUCUAUUUUGCAUUACUCCAGGUCACUGUAUGUCAAAUGCACACUAAAAGUUUAAUGCUGAGUGUGGCAUAAGUUUCUAAUGCAGUUAAGUAUUUACAUUGAAGAUUUGAAGCAAAUCAGAUACGGUAUUAACAGUUUAUCACAUGGACACUAAUAUCAUAAUUUUGUUGUUAUUAAAAAUGGCAAAUUAAGAGAUAUUCUGUCCUAAACUAAAUCAAAUUUUCCACUAAAGUUCUCCAACUUUGUUAGGUAAAUGGAAACUGAUGCAACUAA